AGAUUUUCGCCAACAUGUUCAUCGACCGAGCUGCGCAGCUUGGGCUACUUCAGCAUGACCCCGAAUCAAGUAUCCUCACUGGAUUCCCAUUGGGAGUUAAAAAGAAGCUUAUCCAUGAGGUCACACAAUGCCUCCUACCCAACUCUCCCCUACUUCCGGAUCCAUCAUCUCUCCUCACCUCUCCAGCGCACGUUCGAUGGGCGAUGGAAGUCAUUGGACAGGGAUUUGCUCUGCCGAUUGAGGAUGUGGGAAUAAUACAUCAGACUAUUGCCGUUUACUCUAAUUGGUUGCUGGAUCCGAGUACUCUGCCAAGUGCUAUCCAGGAGCGGAAGGGCUCGGAUGUAGAGCAAAAGUUUUGGCAGACAAUCUUUCAACAAUUCUCUCUCCUCUUCCAACCGCGUUCACGUACCGAGAUGGCCUACAGCCCCUGGCUCCAAGACCGCUCAAAAAAUAAACUUGACCCCGACGACACCGAUCCCCUCACACUACACGUUGAUUUGUGCCAUGGAGUCCUCAAAAUCCUUACAUCAGCAGGACGCGAACUUGGCUCAGAGUUCUCCGAGGAGACCUGGAUCGUGCUAUUAAAAGUCAUGAUUGGAAUUUCUGACUGUUUGUUGCGAGAGCCGAUGGAGAAGGAAAAGAGUGCUGGAGAUUCCCUUGCCAAAGGGGACAAGCAUCAGUCGAAUGUAUAUGAGGGCGAGGAUGCGGGACCGAGGAUGGCGGAUGAGUUGUGUGAGCACUUGAUUAGGGUGCUUGUUGAGCUAUGGCUGCGAUCCAACCUCAAACCAGUCUACAUGUGGGAUCAUCUAAAGAGAUACUUUACUCUUUGGACCCAUCGCGUGAAAGUGAUCCGCCAAUGGAGCGCCACAAUAUUUGCACUUACCCAAAGAGUCGCAGGGCUUUUGUACGGAACAAAAGAAGGAGCGGAAAAUGUUCAUAUCUCCAUCGACUCGUAUAGCGUAACACUGGAUUUACCACCAGAUUUUGUUUAUUAUGCAUGGCACCGUAUGAUAUAUCUGAUCGGAAAUCCAAAUGCCCUGCGUGCGGCGAAUUUUGAAGUGGCCAUCAAGGGAAUCGCGAGAGUGGUACAUGUAUGGCACUCGAUAGGCAUCGAUGCUGAUCCUUUGGAUGGUACUGUUUCGACUAUCCCUGACGGAAAUACGCUCCUGCACAUGUUGGGCGGAUGGCUUUUUGAGGCCGCGCCCAAGAUGGGACCCGAGUAUGCAGAAGGGAAAGCUGAAGCACUGGGAAUUCUGUGCCGGAUAUUCUGCCAACCGCAACGACGACGGAAAUUUCUGAGGACGUAUCUGGAGCGCUUUUACACUGCCCUCAAGGAUGGCCUACGCAGCGACGCCCCAUCGCUCACUGCCAUUAUGCUCAAUACCGGAGAGCUAUUCGUCCGCGACUUGGAAGGCGUUCGUCUUUUAGCCCCAGACUUUGUCAUUGCGCUUCGCCGAAUCUUGCCAACGCUGCCCCCAGUCUUUAACGCCAAAGUUGACCCAGAGGACCUACGACGCGCCGCGUAUAGAGUCAUGGGCUGCAUACUGGGCCUUCCAAAUCAUUUUGACGAGGUGCCUGUCGGUACUGGAUGGGAAAUGUAUGAUCAAUAUAAUAGGCAUGCGGGCGGCGCUGAAGAAGUGGUUUUGUCCAAAAUGAUUAAAGCAAUGUACGCAAAGUCGGAUGAUGCUACUACUUCCUCUGGUGACGAUAUUUCGGAAUCAACUUUUAGAACGCUGAAAUCCCAUAUUUUGGAAGUCCUUCUCACCUCACUCAUUGUCGAACAUUCUCCAGUCAAUGCUCGUUAUGUCCUUCAUUUAUUGAAUACAUUUGUAGCGGAAGAUGCGGCAUUUUGUCCAGGACUUCCAGCAUUAGCGGUCAAAACAAUACAAGAAAAGCUUAUCAGUGGCUGGCCACCUGAUGUGAUGAAAACUGCUUUUCAGGCGCUCAACCACUUUGCGGCGUUUUAUAAAUACAUUCGCCGGGAUAAUAAGAGCUGUCCAAGAGAGCUCGUGCUGACUCUUUGCAGAUAUAUUGAUACGAGCCUGCUGGAAGAUAACCUCGUGGCAGUUCAAUCGCUGAUUAUCAGCGCGUACGACUGUAUGAUCCGCUGGGCAGUUGUCGGACAAUGGAUAGUGGAUGACCGAGAUUGCCACAAUGCAGUGAUUGCAACGCUGUGUCGCGGUAUUGGUGUAUUGGAGCGAGAUGACGACUUUGCAGCAGUCAGCAAUGGAACUAGCGCCCAUGCGAUAUCGCAUUCUCACGGUCUGUCCUCAAGCUCCACAGGAGGAAGCGUCAAAGAUGCUGGCAACGGUUUGAGCAGUAGCGAUAGGGAACGUGUUCCUACAGUCGCAAGUGUGCAAUCAAUUAUCGCUAGUGUGAAUGAUAAGAAAAAAGCCCAGCGCCAUUCCAUGGCUGCGUCAAAACUGAUUCCAAAACUGCGAUCAUCGACUGUUCCCAUUUCGACAACACCACCCGUCAGCACGGGAACAAAGGAUGGUGGACUUGGUCUUCCCACCUUUGCGAACUUGACCGCAGAAAUGAUGAUCAAAAGUGCGGCUGAGAUGGGUAUGGCGCACAUGUUGAACCAGUUGGGUAACUUUCCGCCAUACGGAGAGGUCACAGGAGUUACGCGUAUCAGCAGUAUAUGGAAUGAGGAAGCUGAAGUUCGAAGGAUUGUCGGUGUUCGUGACCGUUUAAAGGCAAUGAGGACCACAAAAUUGGACGUCGAACAGUUAAUACCUGCUCCCCAAAUCCAAUCACCUGAGGAUAUCGGCGGCGAUGUUGGAAUCUCCGACUAUAGGCGUUACAUUCGGUACUAUGCAUACGAUCGAAGAGUGAUCAUGGGUAUCAUUGAGACGCCGCAUUGGGCGGUAGAGGACGACCUAACCACGGGGAAUGGCCGCCCUCUAUCAGAAAACAGAACUGGCAAGAUCUUAACCCCAAGAAUGACUUUGGUAUUACGGGAGAGUACCGGUAAAUACACAUGGAUGACCUCCCUCAAGUACACGGACGAGAGCAAAACAAUUUCAUCUCCUCAUGCUAGUACGGAAUCAGCUCUUGUUCUGCGUUCCACUUCCGAAAUCACCGUAUCUCCACAGCAUCAUGGGGUAAAUCCCCAACUGGUUUUAUCACCCACCACAACUGGACGUCAUUUCACACCGGCUCCAUACCCGUAUACACCUCGCAACGCAUCCGUCGUUGAGUUCCAUUCUAUUAACGACUCUAGUAUACCGUCAUUGGAUGAUAUCAUACCACUUGGAAGCGAUAGUUCACGCUGUCAUGGUGUUGUCAAGGCAAUUACGGAAAAAUGGACAAAGCAAGAACAGGAACGAGCAAAAGAGGUGCUCAAAAGUGAAUCUUACCGAUGUCCGACUGCUGUAACCCCACCACGACCUGUCGAUCUCACUGACCCCGACCUAGGUCCGCAAUCCUUUCGUUUGUUUUUGGGUCAAUUGGGAUUUUUGACGCCGGAAAGUCAAUCAAAGUUAUGGCCGCUACAAAUGUCGGAUGCUCUGCUGAAAGAUUUGCAAAAGAUUGAUGGGAUGCCCGAGCGCGAUUGCAUGAGCAUGUGUGUAUUAUUUUGUCGGUCUGGGCAUGAGUCGCUGGAUGAUAUCCUUGGACACCGAACUGUUAGUCACGACUUUGAUGAGUUUGUCCACUGUCUUGGAUGGCCGGUGGACUUGUCCUCUCACACUGGAUAUAAAGGGAACUUGGAUAAGUCAAUAUGCGCUACUGCACCCUACUUUGCUAGCCGGCACGCAGAAGUCAUUUUCCAUUCACCGUACUAUAUCCGUGAUGGCCACGUCUCUGGGCAGGACUUGGACGGGAUAUCCGAUACCACUCCAUCUACCAACUCCCGCGAUGUCCAGUCUUCCAUGGGAACGUCAGGUCACCGGCCAUUCAUAGAUACAACCCGUCGUCCUACAAGUGGUCAUUUCCCAAGCGGACAUGAAGUAGAGUCCCCGACAUUGUCGCAACGACCGUGGCCCAAUGAGCCAAACAGGCCACGCGCAUCCUUUUUUACCGACGUUGCUCACGAGGACCUUAUUUACAUAGUAUGGGUUGAAGACAUGCAUCGAUACACAUCUAUACCACGGAAGCUGAGUCGAACAGCGGCGCAACUGUUCAUUUUCGUGCAUCCGCUACCACAUACUCCAGGGAUGUACUUUAUCCGAGUCGUCUCAAACAGUUUGAGUUUUGAGGACUUGAUGAAUAUAGGACCGCUAUUAGAUGGCAUGGUCAUCAGCCGGCAUAUACUUGGCAUGUUGGUACGGACAACGGCAAUAAGCGGCCACAAGUAUUGUCGAACAAUAAAGGGGACGUUCCGAAGACCCCCUCUGAUACGACGGCACCAUAUUGAAGAAGUCUGUAAUAGACAUAAAACAAACAUGUCCAUUGGACGGUUUUAUGCUGAUUUAUUUACAUAAUCACUUGGAGGGAUGGGUAUAUUCUUUUGUAGGCUGGAAAACGUCCACUUUUGUGUAGAACGCUCUUCAUUUGUUUAUAUAUCGCACUUGUAAAUGUAUGGGGGAUGAGAAAGAUCUAUACAGCAAACAUCAUCGUUCAGGUAGACCAUUUGUUUAAACCAUGAUCGUGAUUCGAACCAAUUCUAUUCAGCCACGUAAGCAAAGCUUGAA